AUGAUUUUAUUUCACGCAGGUAGUUUGUCAACAUCCAUAGAGGCGACCAGUUAUGCGCUAUCUGCAUUAUCAUUGUGCCCUAAAGGGUUACGUACCACUAGCUGUGCUUCAGACGCUCGAGGUGCCGUACGCUGGCUAUCCGCCCACAGGCAUGCUGCUGGCGGAUUUCUAUCCACGCAGGAUACUCUAGUAGCACUUGAAGCUCUAUCGGCGUGGUCAACGGUGCAACCAUCCUCGCCACUAAACCUCACUGUAAAAGUUCGCAGCAGAAAUGAUGUGAAGUCAACGCUCAUUCAAGCUGGGGAUAAAGUACCUCAAGUCAUGAAGAUGACUACUGGAGAUCAACUCGACGUAGCCGUAGAAGGAUCUGGUUGCGUUCUCGUGCAAGCGAGCCGCUCCUACCACAGCGCGAGGGCAAUGGAGAGGGGGGUGGUGGCGGGGAGUGCACGCUCCCUCGCGGUGCAGGUGCGCGUGCGCACCGACGGCACCUUCGACUGUGACGCCAACCAAACGCUCUGCUUUUGCGCCGCAGAAAUAGAGGCGUGCGUACGUUGGGCUGGUGGAGCGGGAGGUAUGCGUGUUCUAGAAGUACGACUGCCGGGCGCCGCUGCCGCCGACGCUGCCAGACUAUACUCACAGCUCAAGCCGCCACACACACUACUACGCCGCAUCGAGUUGACCCCAAGCGGUGGACGAGCUACCUUCUAUUUGGACGACACUGGUAUAGAAACUGAAACAGAGGGCCACGCCUGCUACUAUGUACACGCCGUAGCUCCCAAGACUAAGACAAAACCAGCCUAUGCCAGAGUGACAGACUACUAUAAUCCCACUAUUAAUCAUACUCAGAUGUAUACAAUACCGGAGGACUGUCCACCACGUAUAGCUCACGAAAAUAAUGAAUUCAUAGCAUCAGAUAAUUUAUUCAACAAAGCUAGAUCGCUAUCUGAUAGUAGCGAAAUUGUCAUUACACAUGAAUAUUCAUUUGAAGAUAUCCCGGAAGGUAUACCUCUGGAAGAUCCCAUAUAUGAUACUUUUAACAGAGAUGAGAUCGCAUACUUAACCAAACACAACGAAAUGAAGCACAACACUGCUAAUGACAAAAUACAUAUUAACAAAAUUAACAAUGAAACGAUAGAGAAGAUUGCAAAUUUUGAAGAAAAGAAGAAAUCGGCUAACGUUGAGUUAGUGAAUACUGAAUUUUAUCAAGUAACACAGAAAAGUAUUGCUAAUUAUGAAGAAUCGUCAGUGUUACAUGUGCGAAAUCUAUCCAGCAAUGAAAGCUUUGAUCUCAUUGAUAACGUAGAAAGGAAUACACUCAUCCCUCUAGAAACUUGGCAUGAUUAUAGUAAUUCUUCAAGUGUUGGCAAUCAGAAUGAUUUUGAAAGUAAAGAUAAUACUAAGAAACUGAAUAAUUACGUACCACAAACAAAAAAUAGUAUAAAUCAUGAGACGAACAUGAAUAGUCACGAAACACUGUCUAGUAAAUAUGACGUGACCACAACAAAGAAAGACGGUGCGAUUUCCGACAUUAUUGAAAAUGUUGGUAAGAGUGAUGUAAUAACCCACGAUUAUAGUAUAAAAGGAAGUAGUGAUGUAAAAAAAGAAACAACACACAUGAAUAUUAAAGUAGAAAAUCCGAAUCUGGCCAACUGGCACGUGAUAGAUUCGCCGACAGAUCUGGAGGUUCCCACAGGAAUAGAAGGUCCCAUCCCGUCUGUAGCAUUACCACCUCCAAACUUUGUGUUACCACCGCCAGACUUUUCUCGGACACCAGUUAGCUACCCACGAAGAUUUCAUGGUCCACCUCAAAAUAUGUAUUACUUCUUUCAAUACGAUCCGAGUUUUUACUACAGAGGACGCAAUCCACAGAUUGGCUGAUACCACUUCAGGACGUAGAGCAAUUUUAAUGAUCUCUUUGCUCAUAAGAACAGGGCCUUUAAACUAUUAUUUUAACGACUGAUCGUCAAUAUUAAACUGAUUAACUGCCCCGUAUUUAAUAAGGAAUCGGUUUAAUGAUCAAAACUAAUCUGAUACUUAUAAAUUGACUACACAAGAGCAAGUAGACUGUAAAAAAUAUAUAGGUAGAAAUUGCGUAGUUGUUCAGACUAU